AUGACGAGAAGCCAGCCCACGGGUCAGGGCGGAAAAACCAGCUCCCCGUGCAAGGGCGGCUGGAUUCUCCCGGGCCUGCUGCGAGGGGACAAGGCCUGGGAAACUCUUUUUGCCCUGUCCCCGUUGCCCUCGGGCCUGCGUUGGCUGCUGUGGGCUGGUCUUGGGCUCAGGCAGGGGAGCUGGUUUGCAGAACCGGAUGGACCCAAGCUUUCUGAGGCCUUUGUGCAGCUGGGGUCUGAUUUUGAUUUAUCCGAUGCUCUCGAUGACUUUAAAGACGAGAAACCCACCGCCAAGCCCAGAAAGCCCACUGCCGACCAUGACUUGAAUUUAGAAGAUGCCCUUGGUGGUGGGGGAAAUGACAACCCUGCACCACAACCUUAUCCACCCAGGCCAAAGCCAGACCGGAACCCCAACCAACCCGGAACCUCUGACAACCCCGCACCACAACCUUACCCACCCAGGCCGAAGCCAGAUCAGAAUCCCAACCAACCUGGAACCUCUGACAACCCUGCACCACAACCUUAUCCACCCAGGCCAAAGCCAGACCGGAACCCCAACCAACCCGGAACCUCUGACAACCCCGCACCACAACCUUACCCACCCAGGCCGAAGCCAGAUCAGAAUCCCAACCAACCUGGAACCUCUGGAGGUGGCUUUUCAGAUAAAGAACUUGCGGAUGCUGUUCCAGAAGGAGGUGGAGGAGGGGGUGGUGACGGUGGUGGAAGCCAGAGGAAAGAGGAUGAAGGCGGCAGUCCCCCUGGCGUGGUCCCCGGCAUCGUGGGUGCCGUGGUGGUGGCUGUGGCCGGAGCCAUUUCCAGCUUCAUCGCUUACCAGAAAAAGAAGUUUUGCUUCAAGGAAAACGAUCAGUCGAAGAUGUAGGGUCACACAGAGAGCCCUGGCAGCCUCCAGAGCGUCCCGAGGAUCGCUGUCUCCUGGGGCGCGUUCUAAAGUCAGCCUCCAUGCCCACGGGUCUCUCUCCCUCCGGCUGGCCGCAGACCACGGACGUGGGAGUCUCCCGUGGCCUUCCCA